CGGGCCCUGUCCACCAUGCAGCCCGCUUCUGCGAAAUGGUACGAUGGAAGGGCCUGUGUCUUCAUGGAAUUUUGUCCUGAAGACAGUUAAAGGUGUUAAGUGUAAACUUUGAAAAAAUCGAAACUUACAUUCAGCUGUCUUGGAGGAAGUGGUCAUUUUAUUUUUUAUUUAUUUUUGAUUUCCCAUCCCUCCUGGCUUAGCGUGGACUUCAGUAAUUGGAAAGAUUGGGAAGAUGAUUCAGAUGAAGACAUGUCUAAUUUUGACCGGUUCUCUGAGAUGAUGAACAACAUUGGUGGUGAUGAGGAUGUAGGUUUGCCAGAAGUAGAUGGAGCAGAUGAUGAUUCACAAGACAGUGAUGAUGAAAAAAUGCCCGAUCUGGAGUAAGGAAUAUCAUCAUCACCGGAAUUUGAGAAAGAAAAAAAUAUCUUGUCUCUGCAAGGUUUCAUAAUUGAGAGAAUUCCUGAGUUGGUAGCUCUAAAGGCAGAUGCUGUAUUUGCCUCCUUAACCCACUUUUCAACCCCCUUUUUUGUUUGUUUUUUUUAAAGGCUUCACUAAGGGUUGAUAUGUACCGUUGUAUGGGGCAGUUUUAAGUCAGCUAAGGCAAUAACCUUAUGCAUGAACAUUUCCCAGAUUUCUCUGACACGUUGAGGUCCUAGGCAGUUGAUACAGUGGUUAUGACAAAACAUUUCACCUUGUCUCCUUUACUUCAUAACGUAGAUAACUGGCACGAUAGGAAGCUCUUGACUUAGGGAACGAUAACUAGAUUUUAGAACAUGGACUCAAAGUGGCUGAAACAAAUUGGUUGAUACCAUAAAUUGGUAACCUUUUUCCUCUGGCAUGUCCUUCAGGGUUGUUUCACUAAAGUUUUAUUUUUUAAAAGUUUACAUUAUUGUAUGUAAGUAAUCACUUGUCAGUAUCCCAGAUGUAUCUUAGCUAAAACUAGUGUAUGCUCUAUUUAGAUGGUUUUGGAAGCCUGUACAUUUGGUAUUGUUUGCCCCUUAAACUUUUACAUCUCUUAGCAUGGAGGACGAAAAAAGGCUGUACAUUGUUGCUUAAGAGUCUGUACAUUUAUACCAAAUUUGUAUUUGUACUGUCAAUACGGCAAAUGAGUGAAAAAAUGUUGAUACACUAUUGGAUUUUUUUUAUUUAUUUUUUUUAAUUCAGCUUGUCAGGGCUGAAAACCUCAAUUUAUGUUCAUGACAUUGGGGUU